CAUGUUUUGCAUUGCAUUUGUUGUAAACAUUGUCUCAAAUGAGAGUUCAAUUUAAAAGUUUAUUAUUAUUAUUGAAAACAAAUCAUUUUUGAACACAUUUUGUGGUCAAUCAGUCAUUUAAUCCAUGGAUUUAACUGAAAGUCAAAACUGUUUCCAAGAGUUGGUGUCAAAGAUAUCGUCUCAAGAUUUGCCACACUUUUUCCAAUGGAUUCAAACUAAAUAUUUGGUCUCAGACUGUUCGGGCGAAAAGCCAGCCAUCGCUUAUCAAACACUGAACCGUAUCUCUAAUGAUAUCAAACUAAUGGUUCCCAACUAUGGACUCAUGUCUUCAGAAAUGAUCACAUUUCCAGCAGAAGGACAGUUAAUUAAAACUGUUGUC